UUUAGAAAAUUACGUUAAUAGCUUAAAAUGGGGUUUUCAGUACUUCUGUUUUUGUCAUUACUGGCUCUAAUAUCCGGUACCUCAGUAUUACAGGCAACUAACAAUACAGAAGCAGUGGGUGAUUCUUGUACUAUUACACAGUACUCACAAGUAGAUGGUGUACUAAAAUCCUGUACUAAUAUUAUUUUAAGUAAUGUAGAAGUACCUAGUGGAAAAUCCUUAAAUUUAUAUUUAAGAGAUGGUUCCACUUUGACUGUCAGAGGUACCAUUAGUUUUGAUGUAGGCUACAACAAUAUUUGGUUAGUUACUAUCUCUGGAAAUAAUAUUAAAGUAAUCGGAGAAAAAGGUUCACUUUUCCAUGGUCAUGGUGAGAAAUACUGGGACGGUCAUGGAGGUAGUGGCGGUGUUACCAAACCAAAACUGCUACAAAUCUUAAACGUCAAUAAUGCCCAUUUUAGCAACAUCAACUUAAAAAAUUGUCCAAUGUUUUGUACUGGCAUCACAAAGGCUAAGGAUUUGACCAUAGAUGGUUGGAAUGCUGAUUGUGCUGAAGGAGAUAAAUUAGGAAGAAACACUGACGGAAUAGGCAUCUCGUGGUCUCAACACGUUUACAUCAAUAACGCUUAUAUCCAUAACCAAGACCAAUGUUUGUAUGUCAAUCAAGGAUCUGAUAUGGUAUUUACUGGCAUCCACUGCGUUGGCUCAAAUGGUAUUUGCGCUACAGCAGGCUUCAGCAAAACUUCAUACGAAGAGAAUACUACGAAAAAUAUAACAUUCCACAAUUGCGUUUUAGAAGGAGGACUUACAGGUGUUCAGGUUAUAGCCAUGGCUGAUGGUGGACCAGGAGAAAUAACGGAUAUUCAUUUCCAGAGUAUUAUUCUUAAAGGUGUUAGGCAACAAGGAGUCUACGUUCAAAUGGACUACGGUAAUGACGGCCAUCCCAACAACAAUAUAGCUGUCACAGGACUAAAAUUGUCACACGUUACUGGAACUGUCUCAGGAAACUCAGCUAGACCUUACUACAUUAAAUGUGGAGCCAAGUGUUCAAAUUGGAUAUUCAACGAUGUUCAAGUUACAGGAGGUGGCGUCAAAAGCUCGUGUAAUUAUAAGCCAUCCGGAUUUAACUGUUAGAUAGUUGUAUCUUGAAGCUAGGAAGACGAUAGAUAUAAUAUAUUAUUAUAAUCUUAAUAAACAACUAAAACUGAAUAAAGCGAAAAUGAAUGCA